AUGGCUUAUGACCGUUAUGCAGCCAUCUGCAAACCAUUGCAGUAUUCCACCAUCAUGAGUAAACAGCUUUGUCUCUGGAUGGUAGCUGCAACGUGGGCUAUUGGCUUUGUGCACUCCAACAUCCAGACUACACUAACUAUGGGGCUGCCAUUCUGUGGUCCUAAUGAAAUUAACAGUUUCUUUUGUGACAUCCCACCACUAAUAAGAUUGGCAUGUACUGACACAACCAUGAUCGAUGCUAUGAUAGUGACCAACAGUGGCAUUGUAUCACUUGGCUGCUUUCUGGCUGUCCUAAUAUCAUAUGUUGGCAUUGGUAAGGCAAUCUUUAAAAUCCGAAAUGCUGACGGGAGACGUAAAGCCUUUUCAACUUGUGCAUCACAUCUUACAGUGGUAACUUUUUUCUUCGGUCCCUGUGUCUUCAUUUAUAUGAGACCAUCCAAAUCCUUUCAAGCAGAUGAAUUGGUGACUGUGUUUUACACUAUCAUAGCACCAAUGUUGAACCCAAUCAUCUAUACUUUGAGGAAUGAGGAAAUGAAGACAGCCAUCAAAAAACUCCUCUGGAAUGUCAGGUCAAUCUGCAAAAAUCUGACAUUGUUCAUCUCUAAUUUCCAAAGUACCAUCUCCUUCUCUGUUGUUAAUAUCUCCAACUCCUCUGUCUCCCAAGUCCACUGUUCUGGUGUCAUUCUUGUCUCUGCCCUCUCCUUUAGCCGCCAAAUGCAGUUUGACUCCUAA